CCCUGAUCUGGUGCAAAAGUGAGUAGGGAAAUAACUGCUGCUUGAGAGGCGCGCAGAAGAAACUUACGCCUGGCGACACUCUUCCCUGCCUUUCCCUUCCCUACAGCUCUGCUAGCGUCGAUCGGAAUUCUCCUCCAGGUUGAUUAUGGCUAUUUCCAGCCUUGUCUGGCCUUGUCUAUUUCAAUACAUUGGGACUGUACCUAGGUUAGUUACCAGAUGCCAGAGAAAAACUAGGAGUGUAUGGAAUAGAACUGCCGCUCUAUCCAGAAUCGAGAAGAAAGCCACAGAACCAUUGAAGACAUUGCUGCUUUUACCUUCUCUCCAGUGGAGCAUCAGCAACAUAGCUAAGAGAAAUCUGCACACCAGCCAGCUUCAUCUCCAGGAAGUAAUUCUCACGUGUGAACGGUAUGGGGUAGAGAGGCUGCCCUUUGCCCAUAUUUCUGAUUCUGAUUUAACUUUCUUUGAGCACUUUUUGCCUGGGAGAGUCAUUACUGAUGCAGAGGAACUCAAACCUUUCAAUGUGGAUUGGCUAAAGUCUGUGAGAGGCUGCAGUACAGUACUGCUAAAGCCACGGACAACAAUGGAAGUAUCUCAGAUUCUCAAGUACUGCAAUGAGAAGAACUUGGCUGUGAAUCCUCAGGGAGGCAAUACCGGCCUUGUUGGUGGCAGCGUUCCUGUCUUUGAUGAGAUCAUUCUUUCUACAGGACUUAUGAACCAGAUCAUCAGUUUUGACCAUAUUUCUGGAAUCCUGAUUUGCCAGGCAGGCUGCAUUUUAGAAAACCUCAACCAGUAUUUGGAGCCAAAGGGUUUUGUCAUGCCUCUUGACCUUGGAGCCAAGGGCAGUUGUCAUAUUGGAGGAAAUGUAGCUACAAAUGCAGGGGGCUUGCGCCUCCUGAGGUAUGGGUCCCUUCGAGGGACAGUUCUUGGAUUGGAAGUGGUGCUGGCUGAUGGCUCCAUUCUGAACUGUUUGGCAUCUCUGCGAAAAGACAAUACUGGCUAUGACUUGAAGCAGCUUUUCAUUGGCUCAGAGGGGACUUUGGGGGUGGUCACUGCUGUGUCCAUCCUCUGUCCACGGAAGCCAAAUGCUGUGAAUCUGGCAUUUCUUGCUUGCCUAAGUUUCUCUCAGGUCCUGAGAACCUUCAUAACCUGCAAGGAUAUGCUGGGAGAAAUUCUGUCUGCUUAUGAGUUCAUGGACAAUGGAUGCAUGAAGUUGGUAGAGAGACAUCUGAAACUGACCAAUCCAGUAACAGAAAGUCCUUUUUAUGUGUUAAUUGAGACUUCAGGCUCCAAUUCUAGUCAUGAUGAGGAAAAACUCAGCCAUUUCCUGGAACAUGUAAUGGGCUCAGAUUUGGUGGUAGAUGGAACUCUGGCCUCAGAAGGAAAAAAGAUAAAGGCAUUAUGGGCUUUACGGGAACGGAUCACAGAAGCUCUGACAUGUGAUGGAGUUGUUUAUAAAUAUGACAUUUCACUCCCUGUGGAAAAACUCUAUGAUCUUGUGACUGACAUGAAAGUACGACUGGAUACAGCUGCUAAGAAUGUGGUUGGCUAUGGACAUCUAGGAGAUGGAAACUUGCACCUGAAUGUCACAGCAGAGUCAUAUAGUCAUUCUCUCCUGGAUGCCAUUGAGCCAUAUGUGUAUGAGUGGGUUUCAAAAUAUGAUGGAAGCAUCAGUGCAGAGCAUGGCCUGGGUUUCAAGAAGAAACAUUACAUCCACUACAGUAAGCCAAAAGAGGCCGUUCUUCUCAUGCAGCAAUUCAAAGUUAUGUUAGAUCCUAAGGGAAUUUUAAACCCUUAUAAAACAUUACCAUCAAAGGCUGAACAAUGAUACUUUUGGAAGUUUUAAUCUAUUGCUUGUAUGGUGUAUCAGGUCUUUUUGUAAAUAAACUCUGAAGCCAGA